GAGGUCAGCUGGGGUGACCUGGUGAUGCCCACCCAUCCCAUCUCAUCUCAUGCUCGGUUCCUGACACGCUCUCCCCCUCUCUUCUGCUUAUGCUCAUACAGGUUCUUCUUCUUCCUCACAUCACAUCACUUCACAUCGCAUUAGGUACUUCACAUCACAUCACAUCGCUUCCCCUCCUUUCCCCGCAUUCAGGCAUUCAGGCAUUCAGGCUGGCUGCCGGUUUAGACGGAUUCCAGACUGAGCUUCUGAGCUGCGGAGCUGCUUCUUGGCGCUCUCUGCUACUACAUAGGACUCCGAUGCCGACUCCGAUGCCGACUCCGAGUCCUAUGUCAGCGCCGAAGUCAGCGCCAACGCCGAAGACAGAGCAGAGCAGGGCAGCUUCCGGGGAUGACGGGCGUGCCGAGGAGAUACUAAGUCCUGCGUCCCGUGGCAUGGCACGCAUGGCAUGGUAUGACAUGGUAUGCCACGGAUAGGAGCGGGAGGCAUGGUCCCUCCCUUCUUGCGCCUCGCUUCUGGAUGCUCGCUUCUAGAAGCGUGGGUACGUGUGUAGGGUAUCCACGUCUGCAUGCAGUGUCUCGCGCCGUCGUAGCCCGUGGCUCGUGGGCUGUGGGCUG